AAAAGGGAAAAAAGGUUUAAAUACACUAAGUCCGGCAGCUGGAUAAUCCAGUUUUGGUUUUUGAUUUGAUCAUCUAUCUCGGCCGCGAGACAAGGAUGAAUUCAGUGGAAGGUUUACUGACUCAAAUCCAGGGGCUAUCAAGCACCGCCUCCGAUGUUUUAUCCCUACAAAAUGUGCUUAAACAAGCUGAUGAGUCGCUCCAUGCCGAGUCCACUCGGUUGUUGCCUUUUCUCGACCAACUCGACCCUUCCAAACACUCUCUCGGUUACCUCUAUUUCCUAGAGGCUUGCACUGCUGGUCCAGUUACAACAGAAUCAGCUAGUUCAUUUGUGUUAGUCAUUGCCAGAUUUAUCAGUUCAUGUGUUGCUGAGCAAAUACGCUUGGCUCCUGAUAAGUUUAUAUCUGUUUGUAAGAGGUUCAAGGACCAAGUUCUGUUGCUUGAGGAACCCUUGCGUGGCGUGGCUCCAAUGCUGACUGCUGUUCGGAAGCUUCAGUCUUCGACUGAACAUUUGACUACUUUACAUCCCGAGUUUCUUUUACUUUGUUUGUUAGCAAAGUGUUACAAAACCGGUCUCUCCAUUCUGGAGGAAGAUAUUUUCGAGGUUGAUCAGCCAAGGGACCUUUAUCUCUAUUGCUACUAUGGGGGAAUGAUAUGCAUUGGACAAAAGUGUUUUCGGAAAGCAUUGGAGCUUCUACACAAUGUUGUGACCGCUCCAAUGUCUACCAUCAACGCUAUAGCUGUUGAGGCUUACAAAAAAUAUAUAUUGGUCUCUCUUAUUCACCAUGGACAGCUUUCUACCAGUCUCCCCAAGUAUGCUUCAGGAGUUGCUCAGAGAAACUUGAAGAGCUUAUGUCUGUCAUAUAUCGAACUGGCAAAUAGUUAUAACAAUGGGAAAAUUGCAGACUUAGAGACUUAUGUUCAGGCAAACAUGGAGAAAUUUGGAAGUGACAACAAUCUAGGUUUGGUGAAGCAGGUUGUAUCAUCUAUAUACAAGCGAAACAUCCAGAGGUUGACCCAGACAUAUUUAACGCUCUCACUUCAGGACAUAGCUAACACGGUGCAACUGAAUAGCCCCAAGGAGGCAGAAAUGCAUGUCCUUCAAAUGAUCCAAGAUGGUGAGAUAUAUGCAACAAUCAACCAGAAGGAUGGGAUGGUUAGAUUCCUAGAGGAUCCUGAACUAUAUAAGACCUGUGAAAUGAUAGAGCAUAUUGACUUAUCGAUCCAAAGGUUGAUGACCCUCUCAAAGAAGCUGACUGUUAUGGAUGAACUCAUUUCAUGUGAUCCAUUGUAUCUAGGAAAAGCUGGGAGAGAGCGACAAAGGUUCGACUUUGAUGACUUUGACAGUGUUCCUCAGAGGUUUAAUAUUUGAGAGCGGUAAAUGACAACUAGAAAGAUGCUAGACAUACCAAUAUAUGUUCAAAUGGCUCUGAGUUGUUAAAGGAGGUGGCAAAUUUUCUUAAGUAGAUUUGUUCACUUAAUCUAUGGGAUGUGUUUUGCUCUUACAAGAGAUAUUAUUGAACAGAGUGAUGGAAGACUAGCUUUUGCACAUUACUUGAAUAGAUUCAAUUGAUUUCCAUAUAA